ACCAGGGGGACACCCUACCCAAUCCGUGCGGCGCCGGCCGCCCGCGCCCUCCUGGACGCUCAGUUCUAGGUCGGGCCGCCAGGCUCCGGGGCUUCCUUGCUGGAGGCGCGGAGCGUGGGCAGCAGGCGCUGCGGCCCGGGGCCCGGGGGCACAGGAUGGGAAGCAGGCUUACCUUCCUCGGCCGCCUUCAUGGUGCCGCUGGCGGGCGGCGCGGGCCCCAAAGUUUCUCCGCUCCCGCAGACUGCGGCCGGAGGGCCGAGUGGAAACUUGGAAGGGACUGGAAAGCUGGUACUUGGCAUCCACGCGACAGCGGCGGUUCGCAGCGGGAGGAGGAGCGGCCACGGGCGGCGGGGCGUCCGGGCUGGGCUCUGGGAGCCGGACUCUCCCCGGCGGACACGCGCUGGGCCGGCUCAGCGCCGCGCGCUCCGGAGAAAUGUCAUCAGGGGACGUGCGCGCGUGGCAGGCCCGGCUUCGGCCCGGGACCCGCGCGCAGCGGGGCCGAAAUGUGCGCCGCACCCGGAGCCCGCGCCCGGCCGCUUGGAUCCGGCGCGGCGACCCCGCCGGCGAGUUCGGAGCCUCUAAGUCUCGCUCUGACGCAGGGCUGCGCUCUACCGCCUCCCUUUUUAAAGCUGGAAAACACCUCCCCCGCCUCCCUGCCGGCCCGGCGCUCCGCGCCCCCUCCCUGCAGUGACAUCACGCCCCUGCCCGCCAGAGCCGGCUCGGGCCCGGGGGACUCAGCGCCGAGCGCCGCCCUCUCUGCGCCGCAGGGGCAGCUCGCCGCUCGGCUGGGACUCGGGUCCUCGGCGGUGGGCAGAGGCACACGAGACGGUGCAGGGGCGCGAAGGAUGGGCAGAGAGACUGAAGAAACCUGGUGUGAUGACACCACUGCUGCCGGCUCCCGCUGGGAGAGGCGUUCCCAGCGCAGCCUUAGCACCUGAGGUCCAGUCCAAGAGGCCCAGCUCCCAGGCUCACCCUUCUGCCCCAGCCCCUUUGGGACCCUCCAUCCACCUGUGCCUCCUCUGAGCUGCUCUGCGGUCAGGCACCUGGAAUCAGGGUCCCUCCACUGUCACCUGGCUUUGCCUCCCCUCGCUGCCUGCCUGCUUGCCUGCCCGAACUGGUGGUCCAGACAGCCGGCUUUGCUCUGUGGCCGAGCCUACGGUCUACACCUAACACUGUGCCAGAGGCACGGAGAAGACUCUGCAUCCUGCUGCAGCUGGGCAAGUGUCCCGUGGGUUUCUGGGUCCCUGAACUUGCUCCCAGCAGAAGCCUGGGGAUGCCACAAGCAGCGCAGGAAGGUGCUCAGGACAAGCCUUGCUGCUGCCCAGAAGGCAGAAUGUAUGGUGUCAUCAGGAAGACAGAGUUGUUGAGCGUGGUGGGCAGAGCUGUGAAUGUGAUGUCCCUACAUGCACCAUGAAUGCCACUGGACAUCUGUGACUAAAGUGCUGAAUAAGAGUGGUCUCCUGUUUCACAGAGCUCCCAAUGAACAGGAGAAGUCCCAGCUGACUCCUGUACACCAAACGCCCUGCCUGGACUCCGACACCGAGCAGCAGUUCUUCUGUUGCCCUGUGGUGGUAGAAUGUACAGACUGGCCGUCACAGGUUCUGAGCAGAUGCAGCUCUCCAACUUGGAAGUGUUAAUGCAAGCCAGGGAGAAUGUGACUGCCCUGUGGUGGCUGUCCUUAUUCCAUUCCAGGGCACAUUUCCUUUUCGUGAGCCUGUUCAUAAAUGUGGGCCACACCAGAUUCAACGAUCCUUUAUUAGGGUUUAUUUUCUUUAAUCUAGCAAAAAACCGACACUGCAGAUGCCUUCUGAGUUACUUGCUGUGUGCCAGGCAUCUGCUUGGAGCCUCUUCUCAUCCACUGCCUCAUCUGCCCUGGGCAGUGGCAUCCUGUGGGGUAACUUCUGGUUCACAGAUGAGUACCAUCCUGGCUUUCUGCAGUCUCUAACUCGGACUUAACAUGUCUUAACUUGUACAGCCUGAUGUUAAACUGUUUCUCCUAAUUUGUAUUCAACUAAUGUAAGGCUAGUGAAAGCUGCUACAUUUUCAGGUUGUGGUUAGUGGUAGUUUUUCUGAGACUGUCUACAACUUAUUAUGAUCAUGCUAAUAUUUUUUUGGAGACAGGAUCUUCUUAUGUAGUUUAGGCUGGUCCUGAACUCAUUAUGUAGCCAGACUGGCCUUGAACUUGUGGUGAGCCUUGUACCUCAGAUCCCUGAGUGCUAGGUCAACAUCCAAUGUGGUUGAUUUAUUUUAAUUUUAUGUUUAUUUAUUUAGUGGCUGCUUUAUUUUUAAAAAGCACAACACGAGUGUCUAAGGUACACUUGGCAUUCUGUACCCUGGAGCCCUGGAUAAUAUAAGGUUUCAUCUUGUGAACUGCUGGCAAUUAUGAGCCCAAUGCCCCUAAUUCAAACUGUGUCAAAAGAAGGGAAGAGGAUACCAUGACACCCAAACACUCCUAAUUCAGCACACACAGAAAAGCAGACAGGCGACCCCACUUAGCCAAAGGUUCCCGGACCAAAUGACAAAAACACUGACACCUUGUGGCAAAUACGAGAAACAGUGCUCUCCAGUCACAAUGUCUGUCUGGGAACGAGGAAUGCUCAAGCAUUGGAAAGAUAACCAGCUAAAGGCAUUCAAGUCAAAAGGCACCGAAAAUCGUGUGGGAAGAAAUGAAGCUUUAUUGUGGCUGAUGCAUUUCUUCUUUGAAAGGCAGAAGCUGAUGGGAGCCUGGGUGGACAGUGGUAUCAGAUCCACGGCUCAUCAGGGAUACUCCUUUGGCUAUCACACAGCUUGGGCCUUCCCUGAGGAUUUGGGGGCAAUGGGAACUACAUUCGGUGGGAAAUAAAGAACAAGGUCACACACAGCCUAGUGCAAAAAGGCCUGUGAGAGGCUGCUUUAGAUUACCUGAAAGGCUUUCUUUCAGCCCAGAGGCUGGGGUUUUAUCAGCUCCUCACUGAAGGUCUUGCUGAGAACUUUGGAGGAUGGCAUACACUAUACCCAGCUGGGCUACACAUAGCAUGGUACACAGGAGAGAGAACAGCUCUGAGAACAGCUCAGAGACCCCCAGCCUGACCAGCCAAGGUAGCUGCUCACAGACAACCUCAGUGCAGCUUGGGAGAUGGGGCUUUCUACCUUAACAUCACCUAUGUGCUGUGAGUAUUUACAACCACACACAACUAAGGACACCCAUGAACACAGCCUGUGAAGCAUCUUUGUGUGUUUCAUAGGCAACUGAUUUCUACAUAGAGGAAUUUGUAGGUGUGACUUAUACAAGUAUAAAAGGCUGGGAAUUUAAAAAACACAUUCCGUAACAGCAAUGCCUUUGAAAAAUGAUUUAUAUUUGUCACUGCAAUGGAAUUAUGUCCAGAAAUGUUACCAUUUGGUCACCUGGGUUUGCAUGUGUGAGGCGCACACUCUAGGGAAGGAGUCAUGACUGUGUGAGUGUCCACAGGAGAGCGAGACGGGCAUCUGAAGGAGACGGCAGCAGCUGCAGAGGUGUGGACACGGACGCUGCUAUCUGAUGGGAGUGCGCAGGUCAGUCGGCUCCAGCUCUAGACUUUAUUGUUCAAGCAUGAAUGGCUUCCGGUAUAACAUUAUUAAAGAAUUUAGAUGCUGGAAACUGCAGAAAUCAAACUUUCAUUUCUCAGAAGGAAAAGUCCUUCACAGCAGAAGUGAAGGAAUUCAAUUCCUUUUUGCUGGUAGGUCACACUGCCUCAGCAUAUACCCCAGAGGGACCAGCCUGGGUGUGGGCAGCCCUUACCCUUGUCAGAACACCCUGGCUUCCAAGCUGCCCACCGCAGGGUCUCCACCCAGGCUCAUGUCUUCCUCAGGAACAAGGUGCAGACGCUGUGCUCCCUGGAGACGCCAGAGGAACCAGUCCAGUCCUGCAGUAGGUUCUGGCCCUCAGGAGGUCAGCUUGGAAUAGCUGGGAGGAGAAAGUUUGCGCUUCAAGUACUUGAGGACGUAGAGUGGGAGGCAGCUGACCACGGUGAUCGCUGACACUUUCCACAAGAAGGUCACAGUUGUGAUGAAGGCAACAUCU